GAAGUAAUUUGGAGGUCGUUUGGAUUAGAGUUUCUAAUGAGGGAUUUAGGCACAAUCCCUCACCAUUAGAGAUUUUAAUUAAAAUCACUCGUUUGGGAAACAAAUUUUUGAUGAGAGAUUUUAAUCAUUCCGGAUUUGAGAAACCCACAUUUGAGAGAAUGUGAAAUAGCUGAUGCCCACCAGCUAUUUCGAAAUCCUGCAAUAUUUUGUCCAUUUGUUCCAUAUAUGCCCAUACUAUUUUUCUGAAAAUCCAACUUUACCCUUUCUUCUAUUAACCCUUUCAAUAAAGUGUCAUUCGUUUAACCCUCCUCUGUUUUACUCCCACCCGUCUGUUUAACUCCCACCCGGACGAAAGAGUUGGAAGACGAACAAACAGCUAGUUUCAGAGAGUUGGGAAGCAGCUCACACCAAAUUCGGCGGUCAGCAGCAAAAACCAACCUUCACCAGCAGUAAAGGAUGUCUCGGCUGUCUAUGAUGUCUCCGAUGGAGAGGCGCAAACUGAUUGCUGCGAUUAGCGCAUUUUGGAACCUUAUAAUGAUCUAUCUUGAUCUAGGAAUGGAGGUGAUGAACCUUACAGAGUUAUUAAUUCGCAAUCCUAGAAUUGCCAGGCAGCCCGUAGAUAGUUACAUGAUGCGACAGUUCGAUAGACAAAGGGUGAUUGACAAAUGUACCAAACUCAGUGAUACCGAGAGUCACAGAAAGAUUAGGAUGAAUCGUAGCUUAUUCAAGAAGUUAUGUGACCUUUUAGUUGCGGAAGGUGGGCUGAAAAAGACUCGAAACACUGAUGUAGAUGAAAUGGUUCUCACCUUCCUAUUGGCUAUAUCUCAUGAUAACAAAAUCAGGAGUUUAGCAGUUGAUUUGAGGCGCUCUACUGAGACGAUUUAUAGAUCGUUUCACCGAGUCUUACGGGCAAUUCUUAGGCUCAACAAGCUUCUUAUGAAGAAGCCAGAACCCAUUCCAGCCGAUUCCACCGACAAGAGAUGGAAGUACUUUAAGAAUUGUUUGGGAGCUCUUGAUGGAACCCACAUUGAUGUCCGACCAUUGAAGGAAGAACAAACUAAAUAUCGAGAUAGGUCUCGCAAUCUCACGAUCAAUUGUUUGGGUGUUUGUACCCCAAACUUAGAGUUUAUAUAUUGUCUAGCGGGAUGGGAAGGGUCUGCUCAUGAUGCGAGAGUGUUGAGAGAUGCUCUAAACAAGCCGAACGGCCUAGUUGUGCCGGAAGGAUGUUAUUAUUUGUGUGAUUCGGGGUAUGCCAACAGCCCUGGGUUCUUGACCCCUAUUAGGGGACCAAGAUACCAUAUCGAUGAAUGGGGGGGACAGCUGCCACGAACUGCCGAAGAGUAUUACAAUUGGAGGCAUGCUCAGGCUAGGAAUGUAAUAGAGAGGAUUUUUGGUAUUUUAAAAAUGCGAUGGGCAAUUCUUAGGGAUGCUACUUGGUUCUCGGUGCCCGUUGUAUCUCGAAUUGUGUUAGCAUGUUGUAUUCUACACAAUUUCAUAAAGAAGGAGGAAGGAGCUGACAUUUAUGAAAGAACAUAUCGAGAUCAACAUCGCGAUAAUGUGCACCAUGAAACAGCCGGAGUUGAUACGGCUGCUAUUUCCGGCACUCAACCUACCGAGGCUUGGACUCAAUUUAGGAUGGAUCUAGCAAAUGAAAUAUGGAACGAUCGGCCUGCACGAUUCAGGACUUCUUCAUGA